AUGACGGAGGUGCAAGGUCAGCUCACCCUACAGAACAAAGACCUGCUUGUACAGGCGAAGACUGGCACCGGGAAGACCCUUGCAUACUUGGUCCCCUCAAUCGAGAAGUUGCAAGGGAAGCCACCAGGCGAAGGUGUAGCCGCCCUAAUCAUUGCACCUACACGUGAUCUUGCCUUGCAGAUCGAAGCACAGGCGCGUCGCUUGUUAGAGGGAUCAGAAUAUUCCGUCAGACGUGCAGUAGGUGGAACUGAGUAUGUUCAUGAGGAACGGAGGCAGCUACUGCGAGGCGGCGACAUCCUCGUCGCUACACCUGGCAGACUGCUGGACCACCUCUCAAGUCCUGAUGUUUCUGCACGGUUAGCAAGCGUCUCCACGCUUGUAUAUGACGAAGUGGACCGCCUUCUCGAAGAAGGCUUCAAGCGGGAGCUAGAUGCGAUUGUCGAGCUUCUGCCGAGGCAUGAGGAUGUUGCAAGGCAGACGUUGAUGUAUAGCGCGACCAUUGACGACGAGGUCAAGCAGGUCGCGUCGAAGCACCUACAGCCUUCGUUUGAGUUUAUCAAGACCUUCAGUGAAGACGAGGCUGGGACUCACGAGCAUGUGCCUCAGUCGUACCAUGUCGCAUCCUUCGUAGACUCCUUCCCGGUCGCUAUCUCAGUGCUCCAAGACGACAUCAAGGAGCAUGCGAUCGUAGGCUCGGAGAAGAAGUCAACCUCAAAAGCCAUCGUAUUCCUGCCUACAACCCGGCAGGUAGACUGGGCGACGGCGGUCCUCAAGCGUAUCAAAGGGCUUCCUGAGGUGUACGACAUUCACGGAAGGAUGACCAUGCAGAAGCGCAACUACGUGGCGGAAGCGUUCAAGAAGGCUGAGACCGCCAUCCUCGUGUCGUCCGAUGUAACUGCGAGAGGGAUGGAUUUUCCUGGCGUCACAUUGGUGCUACAGGUCGGCGUACCAAACGACGCGGACCAAUAUAUCCAUCGCCUGGGGCGUACUGCUCGUGCUGGCGCCUCUGGUAGGGGCGUCAUCAUCCUGGACCCCUCCGAACAGUACUUCCUUUCCCUCCCACAGAUACGACGUCUUCCUCUCGAAAAGGCACCUUCCAUCUCUGCUGACCGGCUACAAUUCCUGUCCGACGCGGUAGCCGCAACGUUUUCCAAGAUCCCCGCGGAUGUCAAGGCAGACGCCUACCGGGCCUGGCUGAGCUACUACGCUUCGCAAACCCACCACCUACGCUGGUCUCGCACGCGACUUGUCGAGGAGGGGCUUGACUACGUGGUUGGAGGACUCGGGUGGCAUUUGGAUUAUGCGCCGCCGAUUGCGAAGAGCGUGGCGACGAUGCUGCGGUUGGGGGAAGUGCGCGGGGUGGAUGUUGUGCGGGACGAGGAUUUGGAGACUAAGGACCAGGCAAAGGAGAAGAAGGCGAAGUGGGACAAGCACUCGCGGAAGAGGGCGAAGGCUGGGUAA